UUAUUAGUGUACAGAAAGUGGGAGCGAAGAACUAAUUAGCUAAAACCCAAAACCCAAGGCGCUUAAAUCUCUGCGAAGAGGUCGAGCGGGAGCGAGAGUGGAAUUGGGAACAGAAGUUUAGGGCCAAUUCAUCAACAAUGUUUUCAAUUGCAGCUAUCAAUGAUACGGAUUCAAAAGGUCAAUGGGAACCCUUAGCGCCCACAAAAGAAGCCCAGGAAUUCCAUCUUACGCAAACGUAUCAUGAAGGACUUCUUAAAUUACAAGCUAAAGAAUAUGAAAAGGCUUGCGAGCUGUUAGAGUCUGUUCUGAAAGAUCCUCUAACUGCAAAUGCUCAGCAGGUGGAUAGUAGUGCUAGUGAUGGUCAUUUAUUGCAACUCAGAUUUUUGGCACUGAAGAACCUUGCUACCGUUUUUCUUCAACGAGGGUCAUUACAUUAUGAGAGUGCUCUACACUGUUACCUUCAAGCUGUAGAGAUUGAUACAAAAGAUUCUGUUGUCUGGAACCAGCUGGGAACAUUAUCAUGUUCAAUGGGCUCACUGAGUAUUUCACGUUGGGCUUUUGAGCAAGGCCUUUUAUGCAGCCCUAAUAAUUGGAACUGUAUGGAGAAAUUAUUGGAAGUCCUUAUUGCUAUUGGUGAUGAGGUUGCAUGUCUUUCUGUAGCAGAGUUGAUUUUGAGGCAUUGGCCAUCACAUUCUCGUGCUUUGCAUGUCAAGAAAGUCAUUGAAGAGUCUGAACCUAUUCCAUUUGCCCCUAGGGGAAUAGAUAAGCUGGAGCCAAAACAUGUCCGGCUUAAAUUCCUUGACAAGAGAAAAGCAACCGAUGGGACUCUUGAUGAUGGCAUUUCAUGCAAAAAGCUGAACCAGAAUAUAGAGUUACACCUGGCAGAAGCUUCCUGGGCCAGUCUUGCUGAUGCACUCUUGCAAGUCUUGCUUCCACUGAAUGGCUGUCAUGUCAAGAAGGACACAGAAAAACUAUACAGAUCUGGUGAUGUCAGAUUAAUUAUUCACUUACCUUCUAGUUCAGAAAAUUCAGUGAGGUCCGACGAAAGGAAAGGUCUUGAAGCAACUCCAAUAAAUGGGAGUACCUCACUUGGUGAUUCUAGCGCUGAAUUAGUAAGUGGUGUUAAAGACAAAGAGACAAAUGUUGUAGAAGAACAACCACAGGAGAGGAGGAGUAGUCGGCUUGAAAGGCUUAGAAAUCGUAAACCGGGGAAAGAAGAUCUGGACUAUGUUAACGGUAAGGAUCAAGCCAAGGUUGUCAUUCAAUGCUUAGAACCUUUUAUUCCUGGUGAAUCAGGAACCAAGGAUAUUGUUUAUUCUGCUAAGUUUUCCAGUUCAUGUCACGGUCAAGUUAACCAAUGUGAUUCUGAAGAAAGUGAUGUUUCAAGAUUUGUAGAGAAAACCUCAAAAAAUUUUGGUGCUUAUCAUAUGGGUCAUAUGCUUUUAGAAGAGGCUGCAAGUAGAGGCCUGGUAUAUCAGGAUGCAGUUGUCAAAUUCCUGGAGUUGGAGAAGGUGACAAGACACUGGGGGAAGGAUAGAACUCCUGAGUGUAGUCUCUUUCUAUCUGAGCUUUAUUAUGAUCUUGGGUCUUCUAGUUCUGAUGCUUCCAGAGUAUCGGAAUUCAUGUCAGAGGCAUCUUAUCAUCUUUGUAAGAUCAUUGAAUCAGUAGCUCUGGUUUAUCCAUCUCACAUGAGUUCUGUCUUGGGGGAUGAAAGUAGCUCUUGGAUUAUGAGAUUUCAAGGUACUGGAGAAAUAUCAGCCAAUAAUCCUAUUUGCCAGGAUAUUCCUUCAGAGAUUUUAUCUUUGACAAAUAAGAGGUCCUUCUGGAUCCGAUUCUUCUGGUUAAGUGGGCGAUUGUCUAUUUUGGAUGGCAACAAGGAAAAAUCCCAUGAAGAACUCUGUGUUUCCCUGUCACUUUUGGAGAAGGAAAGAACAGAUGAUGCUCCAUGUGUGGUCUGCCUCCGACACUGCAAGGUUGUUAAGGAAAUAACCAUUGAUAGGGUUCUCCAUGAAAUUAACAUUUUAAAGAUUGAUUUCUUGAUGGAGAAGACUUUAAAUGAGAUGAUUGCAAAAGAAAUGUAUAAGGAAUGCAUGACCUUGCUUUCUCCACUUCUGUUCUCUACAAAAGAUGUGCACCUUGAUUCAUCACCUUUGCACCUUGUGGACAAGGAAGGUGAAGGAAUUACUUAUGUUGAACUAUCAGCACUAGACAUUUUAAUCAAAGCAUGUGAGAAGACAACCCCUGUGGAUGUUGUGGUUUGUUUGAACUGCCACCGAAGGAAGCUGCAAAUACUCAUGGCAAUAGCUGGAAUUGAUGAAUGUCUUACUUCUCGUAAAUCCAUCCAUCAGAAUUCAGAGUCACAAACACUUUCUGCUUCUGAUAUUGAAUCUAAAGAAAAUUCAAGCAAGCGCUGGAAUUCCUUGGUGUUUGAGGAAGUGAAGGCAAUAUCUCAAUGUGUUUCACCAGUGAAAAACUUUAUCGAUCAAUCUGUAGGUUCAGAUAAUAAUGUUGUACGUGGAAGCUGCAUUACUGGUAUACAGACCUUGCUGUUGUCAGUCAUGUGCAACUUUGCCAGUAUAUUUCUCUCUAAGAAAUCUCCUGGGGUUGUAACCGAUGAUGGAACUGAAAGAUGUUGUUUUGUUGAAGCAGCCAUCACAUUCUGCAAACUUCAACAUCUCAACCAUACUGCUUCUGUUAAAACUCAGGUUGACUUAAUUGUUGCUAUGCAUGAUUUGCUUGCUGAGUACGGGCUCUGCUGUGCGGGUGAGGGUGGUGAAGGGGAAGAAGGAACAUUUCUCAAAUUUGCAAUUAAACAUCUAUUUGCAUUGGAUACUAAAAUUAAAUCUAACUCUAACUCGUUACACAAGGAAGCAACUGAAUGCAAUGAGUUGCCUUGCCUGAAUAGUCAUAAUAAGAUGCCUCUGAAUGAAACAAAAUUGGAUUCGACAGAUGUGGAAAUGGGUCAGGCUGGAAAGGAUGAAUACAGUGCCUUGGAGAAUGAUGUCCUUGGAGGGGUACCCUCUGCAAGUGUUUCAUCUAAUCAAGCCCUAGAUAAAGAAAGUGUGGAACUAGAAGGUAGAAAGCUGGACAGUAACGAGUUGUGUCCCAAAUUUAAGACAGGGGAAAAAGAAAAUGAUCAAUUGCUUGAAGGUGGAAGCGAACUUGCUGAAGAUGAAAGGGAGGAACUUGAGUUGAAAAUUGAUGGUGCCUUGGAUCAGUGCUUUUUCUGCUUAUAUGGUCUAAAUAUCAGGUCUGACUCGUCCUAUGAAGAUGAUCUAGCUACUCACAGAAAUACAAGCCGAGGAGAUUAUCAGACCAAGGAGCAAUGUUCAGAUGUUUUUCAAUAUAUACUUCCCUGUGCAAAGGCUUCUUCUAGAACUGGAUUGGUUAAACUUCGUAGAGUACUAAGAGCCAUACGUAAACAUUUUCCACAACCACCAGAAGAUAUUUUGGCUGGAAAUGCAAUAGAUAAGUUCUUAGAUGAUCCUGAUUUAUGUGAAGAUAAACUCUCAGAGGAGGCCGGGUCUGAUGGGUUUCUUGAAACCAUAACGAAGAUGUUAAUUCCUGAUGUGGGAAGCUUAAAACAGCAGAAGCCAUCUUCAGUUGGAAGCUCCAAGCCAUAUCUAGAGGUUUACAGUAACUUGUAUUAUUUCCUUGCCCUGUCUGAGGAGAUGAGUGCAACAGAUAAAUGGCCGGGUUUUGUGCUCACCAAGGAAGGGGAAGAAUUUGUACAACAUAAUGCUAACCUCUUCAAAUAUGAUUUACUGUACAAUCCUCUAAGAUUUGAAAGUUGGCAGCGACUUGGAAAUAUAUAUGAUGAGGAGGUAGACUUGUUGCUAAAUGAUGGCAGCAAGCACAUCAAUGUUGCAGGAUGGAGGAAGAAUGCUACUUUACCUCAGAGAGUUGAGACAAGUCGAAGGAGGAGCAGGCGUUGUCUAUUGAUGAGUCUGGCUUUGGCAAAGACAUCAGCUCAGCAGUGUGAGAUACAUGAGUUGUUGGCGCUGGUAUACUACGAUAGCCUUCAGAAUGUGGUGCCAUUUUAUGAUCAGCGAUCUGUUCUGCCCUUGAAAGAUGCAGCAUGGACAAUGUUUUGUGAAAACUCAAUGAGACAUUUUAAGAAGGCAUUUGAGCACAAACAAGAUUGGUCCCACGCUUACUAUAUUGGGAAACUUAGUGAGAAGCUUAGAUUCGCUUAUGAGACAUCAUUGUCAUAUUAUGAUCAAGCUAUAGCUUUGAAUCCAUCAGCUGUGGAUCCUGUGUACAGAAUGCAUGCUUCACGCUUGAAGUUACUUCGUACUUGUGGAAAACAGAAUCUAGAGGCUUUAAAGGUUCUUUCAGCAUAUGCCUUCAGCCAAUCAAAGAAAGAUGCUAUGGUGAGUAUCUUAGAUAAAUUGGAUGCUGAGAAUUCCCUUUCCCAGAUAGAUAUUAAUGAAAAAUGCAUGCAAGCAAGUUCUGCUGAGACAGAACACGAGGAAUCACUUAAAUUGGAAGUGUGGCACAUGCUUUACAGUGAUUGUCUUUCUGCUCUUGAGACUUGUGUUGAAGGGGAUCUCAAGCAUUUUCAUAAAGCUAGAUAUAUGCUGGCUCAAGGUCUAUAUAAUAGGGGUGAGAGCGGUGACUUAGAGAGGGCAAAGGAUGAACUCUCAUUUUGCUUCAAAUCAUCUCGCUCAUCUUUUACAAUAAAUAUGUGGGAGAUUGAUAGCAUGGUCAAAAAAGGAAGGCGCAAAACUCCUGGUUUGUCGGGGUGCAAAAGGUUUCUUGAAGUUAACUUACCUGAAAGUUCUCGAAAAUUUAUUACUUGCAUUCGUAAGUAUCUUUUGUUCUAUUUGAAAUUGUUGGAGGAGGCUGGAGACAUCUGCACUCUUGAACGUGCAUAUAUUUCUCUUCGGGCAGAUAAGAGGUUCUCACUAUGCAUUGAAGAUCUUGUUCCAGUAGCACUCGGGAGGCAUGUGAAGGCCCUCAUUACAUCCAUGCAUCAAGCUGAGAGUCUUGGAUGUGGUGCAACAGGCAAUUAUGAGCACAUAUUGGAGAAAAUGUUUGCUUUGUUCAUUGAACAGGGGAACUUGUGGCCAGAAAUAUGUGGCUUACCUGAGAUAAAGGGACCAGAAACAUCAGACAGCAACUUAUAUGGAUAUCUCCAUGGGCAUAUUGUAACAUUGGAGAAAAAUGGAAAACUGGAGACUCUUGAAGCGAUAAAUGAGAAAAUUCGGAAACGUUAUAAGAAUCCAAAAUUGUCAAAUAGUAACUGUGCAAAAGUCUGCAGGCAUGCUUCAGUUGCUUGGUGUCGCUCUCUUAUAAUUAGCUUGGCGGAGAUCACUCCGUCACUGCUUAAAUUCACUGGUGAAAUUCAAGUACUCAAUCAAGUAGAUGGUGGCUUUGAAUAUAGCCAGUUGCUUUGUGUUAAUUUUCAAACAGAUGAAUUAUGGAGUUCAACAUUCGAGGAUCCAGCACAGUGGAAAAAUCUUGAAAAAAGAUGGGGCCCAAUAUUGUCAAAAUUAAGAUACAUAGUGAUUAAGAAAGCUUCAGACGAAAAUUUGGAGACUGCCAAUUCUCUGCUUAAAUCUUCUUAUAAUUUUUAUCGAGAGUGUUCUUGUGUAAUGCCGCCAUCUGGUGUCAACCUUUAUUUGGUUCCAUCUCAUUUAGCAAUGGAAACACAAAUCCAGCCAAAUAUGAAUGGUGUUGAAAUCCUGGAUCUUAGCAUUCCAAGGAAGCUUAUGUUGUGGGCCUACACUCUAUUGCACGGCCGCUAUGCAAACAUUUCAGUUGUUGUAAAACAGUGUGAAGAAAGUGCAAAGUCAAAAGUGAAAAAAGGAGCUGCUGUGUUAUCAUCCACUCCUCCAAAUGCAAGCACACCCAACACCACACCUACUCAAACAGGUGUUGGUAGUGGUGGUGGAAAAGAUGGAUCUGGUCAUGGGGGAGGCAGUAGUGAUGUGGAAUCUUCUCCUGUAACCCCUCCAAAAAUCUCCACGUCAUUUCCUGAGAACAAUGCCAAUGCCACGUAUUGUGCAACUCCACUACCUUCUCCGGCUGAGAGUCAGAAGGAUUUAUCAGCCUCUCCGAAGCUGCACCGUUGUAACAACACUGUUUCAGAGAGAAGCAGUGCUACUGCUAUCAUACCUCUGGCCCAUGAAGAAGGAGAUCAGGACAAAGCUUGAUUAUCUCUGCAUUGAACUGAUUGUUUGUUGUAUAGAUUGUUGUAAAAUUGUUGAAAAAGCACGCCUUCUUAGAAUGUUGUAACAACUGUGUGACAUUGCCUUUCUCUUCGAGGAAAGAAAAUAUAGCAGGAAGGGUUGGCCAAGUUUUUGGAUUUAUUUAGUUAAAUGAUCGAUCUAAUUCCGUUGCUCAAAAUUUUGUCGUUUUGUACAGAUUUGAUAUAUAGAUUUGGAGAUGAUUUCAGA